GAGGUAGCUUGCUUAGCAACUGGAGUUUAAUAUCUUGAAAAUGGAUUGUCCCACAAAACAUUAUUCAAGAAAAUUAUAAUUAUAAAUAUUGGGACUUCGGUCCGAUGUGUAGAUAAUGUUGCGAAUUCAAAUUAACAUGAGUUCAAUUACAAGUCCACGUAUUUCUGAAAUUCAUAUUAUCUUUUAGUUUUUCCCCCUAUAAACUUUACAUUUUAACGCGUGCUUUGUAACUUUGUUUAUCUUUUAGAAUAAACUAAAGUUUACCUUACAGAAGUUCUGAGAAAUGGCGCUAGAAAGAGCCAAGCUGUGUGAGACUCCAGUCUACAGCAGUAGCAUUGUACGAGGACUUCCUGGACUUCCUCCACUGCCUGCUGAAGGUAGCAGGGAACCUUCUGAUCUGUAUAAAAUUGUGCUACGCAACAGUGAACAUCCACCUCUUAUGAAAGGCACAUCAUGGACAUUAGCUGCUCCAUUCAAAGAACAGAAAUUUGACAGAACUCCCAGUGAGUCUAUAGCUAAUGUUUACACUCCAUCGGCAAGUAGUCUGAAGUUGAAAGACUUACCAAAGUUGUACAGAGGAAAAACUAAAGAGUUAACAGAUUUCUUUUUUACAACAGAGUCUGUUUCAGUUGAACCACUUCAUAGUCCCAAAAAAGUCAAAAGUAAAAAAUUUAAAAAAGAUGAACCAGAGAUUGGGUUAUCAAGUCAAGCUCCAAGUCGACCUCUGACCCCUAUUGAACAGAUUGAUAUCAUGAUGAACAUUGAAAAUGAGAAGAGUAAAGGAAGCCAUGAACCAACACAAAGAGAUUUGGAGCGCUACUAUUACUACAUACGGAAAGGGAUUGCACCAACCAUGUUGGCCCCUCAACCUAGCCAGCAGUUAAAGAACAUAGAGAGCAUGGUUCCCCCAAGCCUACUCACGGCCAAACACCUACAGAUAAUGUGCAAUGAGCUAAGAACAGAAAUAGCUAAUGAUUAUGAAAUGAGUGCUCGUAAAAGUAUAGUGGACUACAUCUUACAAGAAGACUCAGAGAAGAAAAGACUGCAUAUUGAAUGGAUACCUAAAUCGUUUCCACCAAAAACCAUUCGAGCCCCAGUGCCUUGGCAUUCUUCAUACACUGCUAAAAAGGCCACCAAUGAACAACAUCUUUUCAUCACUAACCCACUGAUGCUGAAGCUGCAAAACUUGUGGUUUAAUGAAUUCUGCCACCUGCGCUUUGUAAACACUGAGAUUCUGUUGCAAGCAGAGCUACCUCUCUUGCCUUCAGAGUUUGAGUCCCUAGUCAAGACGCAGUGCUGGGAAGCUCAUGAGUUUCUCAGAAAAAACUGGAUCCCAUCAUGUGCAAAACUUUUUGUGGAUUACAAGGAGAUGUGGCAGGGUUUAGUUCCACCAGGAGAGUAUGAUAACACUGAGUUGGUACAAGAAUUCUUCUCCUGUGUUGCCUCCCUUAUGUCUUUGCAGCUUCGGUCGAUGGUGAUUAAUUCACUGUCAGACUUUCUCAACUUUUUCAAGCAUCACGAAUCUGGCAAUGACUUUGGAGAGUAUUAUGAUGAACUGGCCUAUGUACACAGGCCAAUCAUGAUAGUUCGACUGAAAAUUGAAGAGCCCAAAAUCAUUUUUGAGCCAACAUUCAGAGAGUUGAGGGACAUCAUUCUCAGAUGUUUCUCCGAAAUCAUCGCCAGUGGUGAAGGACUGAACAGGGUGGAGUGUGAGCUGUUCCCAGAUAUGAGAGGUCAGAGACUUUUGUUAAGGUCAGUGAGAAUUGAUGAGAGCUUGGUCACCGACUUUGUGGACAAAGCCAUGGAAAUCUUUAGAAUGAACAUCAUUGGCCCACAGAAGUAUCUCAAUGUUUACAAGAGCUACUCUGAUUUACUUAACAACAAGGCAGAACAAGAUGUUGCUGCUUUUCUUAGGGAAAAACAUUCUAUUUCAGCUUUCAAACAGAAAAUUGACUCCUAUCAAUCACUGAAAGAUGAAAUUGCUUCAAUGAGAAUCACAGCUCCACUGUGCAUGUUUUGCCUCGACUGUGUUAGCUUAAACAUGGAUUUGUGCCUUCGAGCUCUUCGUCUGAAAGAAAAGCUCAUAACAUUUGUGGUUGAUGAAAAUCGAGAGCUCAACAAAAGCCUGAACAAGUGCUAUGAAGAUAUACAAGAGAGAGUACAAGUGAUUCCAGAGUCAACCAAGGAUUUGGUAGAUCUUCAAGAAUUUUUAAAAACGUCAAGUGAUAUCACAGUUUACAAGUUACUAGACAGAGUUGCAGAGGCCAGUCACCGAUUGAUGUUCCUCUUAGAUUAUGCAGAUUUCCCAUAUGAAGACAUCAAAAUUAACACCAUUACAUUUCAUUGGCCAUCACAAAUCAAUGCUAUCUUGGAUCACAGCCAGAACAGGAUCAUGAACAAGAGAGAUCAGAUUGAGGAGGAGCUCAAGAAACGAGUGGCUGGCUUCGAAGCCAAGAUUGAAACCUAUGUCAAGGAAGUUGAAUCUUUCAAAAAGAAAGAGUUUAUGAGCUCAGAGGAGAUGAAGAACAAUGUGGAGAUCUUGUCCCAGUUACAAGAGAACUUGGAAGCUGCUCGUGUUGAACUAGAAGGUCUGCAAGAUGAACAAAGACUUCUGGAAUGGGAAGUCACUGACUUUCCACAACUGGCAGCCAUGUUUCAAACCAAAGAGCCAUAUGACAAACUUUGGAAGACAGCUUACAAUUUCUAUCUUAAGAAUGAGCUUUGGACUCAUGGUCCUUUCAAGAACCUCAACUCUGAGGAGAUUGAUAAUGAGGUUUCAGAAAUGUGGAGGACAAUGUACAAACUGACCAAAGCCUUUGCUGACCAACCUGGACCACGUCACAUUGCCAACAGUGUCAAGACUAAGAUUGACAAGUUUAAGACCAACAUGCCAAUCCUACAGACAAUCUGUAAUCCAGGCAUCAGAGACAGACAUUGGGACCAGAUGAGUGAAAUUGUAGGGUUUGACAUAAGACCUCAAGAAGACACGUCCCUGUCAACUAUGUUAGAAUAUGGUCUUCAUAAACAUUUGGAAAAGCUAGAGGAGAUCGGAGGUAGUGCUGCCAAAGAAUAUUCUCUUGAAAAAGCUCUAACUAAGAUGAAAGAUGAUUGGAAAGAUUUGAAAUUUGAACUUGUGCCCUACAGAGACACUGGUGUGAAUAUUUUGAGUUCUCUGGAUGACAUACAAGCCCUGCUGGAUGAUAACAUUGUCAAAGCACAGACAAUGAGAGGGUCUCCAUACAUCAAACCAUUUGAAGUGGAAAUGAAACUCUGGGAAGAGAAGUUGGUCCUGAUGCAAGAUAUCAUUGAUGAAUGGCUCAAGGUGCAAGCAACCUGGCUUUACCUUGAACCUAUCUUUAGCUCUGAAGACAUCAUGGCCCAAAUGCCAGAGGAAGGCCGUAAGUUUGGUAUAGUGGACAGCUACUGGAAAGAUAUCAUGAAAGAAACAAAAAUGAAUACUAAUUGCCUUGUAGCAACAGGACAAAACAACAUGUUAGGCCGAUUGAAAGAAGCAAAUGUUUUACUCGAGGACAUUCAGAAAGGUCUCAAUGCAUAUCUAGAAAAGAAGCGUUUGUAUUUCCCAAGAUUUUUCUUCUUAUCCAAUGAUGAACUUUUGGAAAUUUUAUCUGAAACCAAAGAUCCACUCAGAGUCCAGCCACAUCUCAAGAAAUGCUUUGAAGGAAUUGCCAAAUUGGAUUUCACUGAAAAUGAAGAGAUUGUGGGCAUGGUUUCAGCUGAGAAUGAAACUGUUCCAUUCAUGACAACAAUUAUCCCAGCAAAAGCAAAGGGUAUGGUUGAGAAAUGGCUCCUUCAGGUGGAGGAUGUGAUGAUCAACAGCUUGAGGAAAGUCAUAACAGAUUCAAUCCAUGCAUACAAAACAACACAUCGCAAACGCUGGGUGGCAGAGUGGGCUGGGCAAGUAGUCCUCUGUGUCAGUAGCAUGUAUUGGACCACUGAGGUCACAGAAGCUAUGAAAAAUGAAAAUGGCUUGAAGUUGUACUUGGAGCGAUGUAAUAGACAAAUUGAUCAGAUUGUUGAAUUGGUCAGAGGCAAACUAGAGAGUGGUACAAGAAUCACACUAGGAGCACUCAUUGUCAUUGAUGUUCAUGCUCGAGAUGUACUGGCUCACUUGGCCAAAAAUCAAAUCAGGAGCCCAGCUGAUUUUAACUGGUUGUCCCAGAUGAGGUACUAUUUUGACAGCCGUGACAUCUUUGUCCACAUGAUCACCACAGAAAUAGCCUAUGGCUAUGAGUACUUGGGAAACUCUCCACGUCUGGUCAUCACACCACUAACAGACAGAUGUUACAGGACACUUAUGGGAGCUUUAAAACUUAAUCUGGGAGGAGCCCCUGAAGGGCCAGCUGGUACUGGCAAAACUGAGACCAGCAAAGAUUUGGCCAAGGCAGUAGCUAAACAGUGUGUAGUGUUCAACUGCUCUGAUGGCCUGGACUAUAAAGCCAUGGGAAAGUUUUUCAAAGGCUUGGCACAAGCUGGUGCCUGGGCUUGCUUUGAUGAAUUCAAUCGAAUUGAGCUGGAGGUGCUCUCUGUCAUCGCCCAACAGAUCCAGAGCAUCCAGCAAGCCAUUGCUGCCCACUUGAAAAGGUUUAUAUUUGAAGGAACAGAACUCUCUCUAAAUCCUACUUGUACUAUCUUUAUCACCAUGAACCCAGGUUAUGCUGGCAGACAAGAGUUGCCUGAUAAUUUGAAGGUUUUGUUCAGAACAGUAGCUAUGAUGGUUCCUGACUAUGGCAUGAUUGGUGAAAUACAACUGUAUUCUAUGGGCUUUGUAGAUGCCAGAAGCUUGGCAAACAAAAUUGUUGCAGUCUACAGACUUUGCUCAGAACAACUUUCCUCCCAGCAUCACUAUGACUAUGGUAUGAGAGCAGUCAAGUCUGUGCUCACAGCUGCAGGCAACCUGAAGCUUAAGUUCCCUAACCAGGAUGAAGCAGUUCUGCUGCUGAAAGCCAUCAGUGAUGUCAACUUACCCAAAUUUUUAGCUCAGGAUGUACCACUAUUUGAAGGGAUUAUUUCUGAUCUCUUCCCUGGAGUUCAAUUGCCUCAACCAGACUAUGGAGUUUUCCUGGAGACUAUGAAAGAAGUUAUUCUUAAAAAGGAACUUCAACCAAAUGAAUUUUUCAUUGAAAAGGUCAUGCAGGUGUAUGAAAUGAUUCUGGUGCGUCAUGGAAUGAUGAUUGUUGGUGAACCACUGGGUGGGAAGACACAGAGCUACCAAGUUCUAGCUGACACACUCGGGGAGUUGAUGGACUCUAAGCUGUUUGAUGAAUACAGGACAAUCUAUCGAAUCAUCAACCCAAAGGCAAUCACUAUGGGCCAGUUAUAUGGUUGCUUUGAUCCAGUCUCUCAUGAAUGGUCAGAUGGUGUGUUGGCCAAUACAUUCCGUGAAUAUGCCAGCAGCCAGGACAGCUUCAGAAAGUGGAUUCUGUUUGAUGGACCUGUGGAUGCUGUCUGGAUUGAAAACAUGAAUACUGUCCUUGAUGACAAUAAAAAACUUUGUCUGAUGAGUGGUGAGAUCAUUCAAAUGAACAACAAAAUGAACCUCAUCUUUGAACCAGCUGAUCUUGAACAGGCUUCUCCGGCCACUGUCAGUCGAUGUGGCAUGGUGUACCUGGAGCCACACCAGAUGGGCUGGAGACCCAGUGUCCAGUCCUAUAUGAUGUUUCAUCUACCCAAGAAACUAAGGCAGGAGCAGAAGGAGCUAGUACAUGAUCUUUUUGAAUGGCUGGUUGAGCCGUGUUUGGAUUUUGUUAAGAGACACUGCAAGACAUUCUUACCUAUAUCAGAAAUGCACCAAGUGCAGAUGUUAAUGAGGCUGUACACCGCCAUGAUGGAUGAAAUCAUUGAGACUUGCAAAGCCUGGCCUGAUGAAGGCUCAGCUGAAGCUGCCACCUAUGAGCAAAGCCCAGAACACCUCACCUCACAACAGGUGACUUUAUGGCUCCAAGGUAUUUUCCUUUUUUGUGUUGUGUGGACUAUUGGUGGUCUUGUGGUGGGAGACAGUAAAAAGGCUUUUGAUGAGUUCUUCAGAACAUUGAUCAGUGGCGUUGAUGAUAAUCAUCCCAAACCAAAAAGUAUCAAGAUUACAAAGAGCAACACAUUUCCAGAAAGAAAUACUGUAUAUGAUUUUGCCUUUCAAAAGAAAAGUGGUGGUGGCUGGAUUGAUUGGAUGGACACUAUUGAUAAAUCCAGCCUGCUGAUUGCAGCAGGUUCUAAAGUCAGUACACUAACUAUUCCUACAGCAGAAACAGCCAGGCAGCAAUUUUUCUUGAACCUCUAUCUGAUGCAUGAAAUUCCUUGCCUUCUGAUUGGUCCAACUGGUACGGGUAAAUCAGCCAUCACCAACAGCUACCUACUGGCUCUGCCCAAGGAAUCCUACAUCCCUAACUGCAUCAAUUUCUCAGCCAGAACUUCAGCCAACCAAACACAGGAUAUUAUCAUGUCUAAACUUGACAGACGACGGAAGGGUGUGUUUGGUCCACCUAUGGGCAAGAAAUCUGUAGUUUUUGUGGAUGACCUGAAUAUGCCAGCUAAAGAGAAAUAUGGUGCUCAGCCUCCAAUAGAGUUGCUACGCCAGUGGAUAGAUCAUGGCCACUGGUAUGACAAGAAAGACACAACCAAACUUCACCUUGUUGAUGUGCUUUUCAUCAGUGCUAUGGGGCCACCUGGUGGUGGACGCAAUGACAUAACAUCCAGAUUCACACGACACAUGAACAUUGUGUCAGUUGAUGAGUUUGAAGACAAUAUUAUGUACAAAAUAUUUACAGCUAUCACAGACUGGCACUUUGGUAAUGGCUUUGAUGGCAGUUUUGUCAGAAAUGGAAAACUGCUUGUAUCAGCCACAAUGGGAGUAUACAAAGAUGCCAUCUCCAACUUUCUACCCACUCCAACCAAGUCUCACUAUGUGUUCAACCUCCGUGACUUUUCACGUGUUAUACGAGGCGUUCUACUGGUUCCUCCAGCAGAGAUGACAGAUGGGGAAAAACUGAUGAGGCUGUGGGUACAUGAGGUGUACAGAGUAUUCUAUGACCGUCUGAUUGAUGAUGAAGACAGAAACAUGUUCUUCAAGAUUGUGAGAAAUAACUGCCAAGACAGUUUUAAACAGAAUAUUGACAAAAUACUUGGACAUUUAUCUAAAAGUGGAAAAGUUACAGAUGUUGACAUCCGCAGUCUUUUCUUUGGGGAUUUUUUGAAUCCUGAAAAUAAAGUUUAUUCAGAAAUCACAGAUUUGAAACAACUAACAACAAUCAUGGAACACUACUUAGAAGAAUAUAACACAAUAAGCAAAGCCCCAAUGAAGCUCGUUAUGUUCAAGUUUGCCAUUGAACACAUGUCUCGUGUGAGCCGUGUUUUGUUACAGGACAAUGGCCAUGCUCUAUUAGUGGGCAUAGGAGGCUCUGGUAGACAAAGUGCUGCCAAACUAGCAACAUUUAUGGCCAACUAUGAUCUGUUUCAAAUUGAAAUUACUAGAAAUUAUAGCAAUUCUGACUGGAGAGAAGAUCUAAAAAAACUUCUAAAGAAAGCUGGAGUUGAAGGCAAGCCAACUGUUUUCUUGUUUUCUGACAAUCAAAUUAAAGAUGAAUCUUUUAUGGAAGAUAUUAGCAUGAUUUUAAAUACUGGAGAUGUGCCAAACAUUUUCCCAUCAGAUGAGAAGGCUGAGGUGAUUGAGAAAAUGCAAUCAGUGGCCAGACUUGAGGGCCGCCAGAUGGAUGGAACACCACUUGUUAUGUAUAACUUCUUCAUUGACCGUGUGAAGCAGAACUUACACAUUGUUCUGGCCAUGUCUCCUAUUGGUGACGCAUUCAGAAAUAGGCUCAGAAUGUUUCCGUCACUCAUCAACUGCUGUACAAUUGAUUGGUUUCAGGCUUGGCCUGAAGAUGCUCUUGAGAUGGUGGCCAAUAAGUUCUUGGAAGACAUAGAGAUGGAUGAUACAAUGAAGUUGGAGACUGUCAAUAUGUGCAAACACUUCCAUGAAUCUGUUAGGAUUGCCUCAGAAAAAUACUAUGAUGUUCUCAGGCGUCACAAUUAUGUGACGCCUACAUCCUAUCUUGAACUCAUUCUUACCUUUAAGUCUCUGUUGUCAGUCAAGCGUGAUGAGCUGAUGAUGAUGAAAAACCGAUACCUUAUUGGUUUGGAGAAACUGGAAUUCGCCGCAUCACAGGUGUCUGUCAUGCAACAGGAGCUGACUGACCUUCAACCUGAACUAAUUAAAACAUCUGCAGAAACAGAAAAACUUAUGAUUAAAAUUGAACAGGACACUGUGGAAGUGGAAGCUAAAAAAGAGGUUGUAGCUGCAGAUGAGGCUGUGGCUAAUGAAGCAGCAGCUGCUGCACAAGCUAUCAAGGACGACUGUGAAGGAGAUCUAGCUGAGGCCAUUCCUGCGCUUGAGGCAGCCAUUACUGCCCUGAAUACUCUCAAACCAAGUGAUAUUUCUAAUGUGAAAUCUAUGAAAAAUCCACCAUCAGCAGUCAAACUUGUGAUGGAAUCAGUUUGUGUCAUGCUUGGCAUCAAGUCAGAAAGGAAACCAGAUCCAUCUGGCUCAGGGAAAAUGAUUGAGGAUUAUUGGGGGCCAUCAAUGAAACUAUUGGGAGAUCUAAAGUUUUUGGACAAGCUUAGAACUUAUGACAAGGAUAAUAUUUCACCACCUAUAAUUAAAAGAAUAAGAGAAAAGUAUAUUGCCAAUCCAGAUUUUGACCCAACUCUAAUUAAAAAUGCUUCUACUGCUUGUGAGGGUUUGUGCAAGUGGGUGAGAGCCAUGGACAUUUAUGAUAAAGUGGCCAAAGUUGUGGCACCCAAAAAAGCCAAGCUGGCAGAAGCUGAAGGAGAACUUGCUGUACAAAUGGAAAAGUUGAAUGAAAAAAGAGCACAACUUCAAGCUGUGACAGACAAGUUACAGGCCUUGAAUGAUGAAUUUGAAGUGAUGACUCAGAAGAAAAAAGACCUUGAAGGCAACAUUGAUCUCUGCUCUAAGAAAUUAGAUAGAGCAGAGAAGCUGAUUGGUGGCUUAGGUGGUGAAAAAGACAGGUGGACGGAAGCAGCAAAAGCACUUGGUGAUUUAUACAUCAACAUCACUGGUGAUGUACUAAUCUCAUCAGGUGUCGUUGCCUACCAUGGAGCAUUUACCGUUGACUUUAGACAGAUGAUGACCAAAGAAUGGCAUGAGCAGUGUGUUAAGCGUAAUAUACCUUGCUCAAAGGUGUUUUCCCUUACCACAACGCUCGGGGAGCCAGUGAAAAUAAGAGCCUGGAACAUUGCUGGACUUCCAGUGGAUGGUUUCAGUGUAGAUAAUGGUAUUAUAGUUUCCAAAUCAAGGAGAUGGCCUCUCAUGAUUGACCCACAAGGUCAGGCAAAUAAGUGGAUAAAAAAUAUGGAGAAAGCAAACAAAUUAAAUAUUAUAAAACUGUCAGAUGGCAACUACAUGCGCACAUUAGAAAACAGUAUUCAAUUUGGCACACCAAUACUGUUAGAGAAUGUAGGUGAGGAGCUGGAUCCUGUUCUAGAACCAGUGCUGCAGAAACUGACAUUUAGGCAACAAGGAGUUGACUAUAUGAGACUUGGCGAUAAUAUUAUUGAAUACUCCCCUGAUUUUAAGAUGUACAUAACCACUGGGUUGAGGAAUCCUCAUUUCUUGCCUGAAGUGUCAGUCAAAGUUUGCCUUCUGAACUUCAUGAUCACACCCCAGGGACUGGAGGACCAACUUCUAGGUAUAGUGGCUGCCAAAGAAAAACCUGAACUGGAGGAGAAGAAGAACCAGCUCAUUCUAGAAAGUGCUGCUAACAGGAAACAGCUGAAAGAAAUUGAAGACAAAAUUUUAGAAGUUUUAUCCUCUUCCCAGGGAAACAUUUUAGAAGAUGAGACAGCCAUCAAAGUUCUCUCUUCCUCUAAAGUUCUGGCUGAGGAAAUCUCCACCAAACAGGAAAUAGCUGUAGCCACUGAAAAGGAGAUUGAUGAAACCAGAAAUGGCUACAAGCCUGUGGCCCUGCACUCUUCUAUUUUGUUCUUCUGUAUUUCAGAUUUAGCCAACAUUGAGCCAAUGUACCAAUAUUCUCUGACUUGGUUCAUUAAUCUUUAUCUUCAGUCCAUCAAUAACAGCAAAAAAUCUGAGGAUUUAGAAGAGAGGAUCAUCAACUUAAAUAAACAUUUUACACUCAGUAUCUAUAACAACGUCUGCCGCUCUCUCUUUGAGAAAGACAAACUUCUGUUUUCUUUUGUACUGUGUAUUGGCAUCAUGAAGGGGCAAGGUAAAGUAGAUGAGAAUGUUUGGAGAUUUCUACUUACUGGUGGUGUGGCUUUAGAUAACCCUUUACCAAAUCCAGCACCAGCAUGGCUGUCAGAUAAGGCCUGGUCUGAAAUUGUCAGAGCUUCAGGUUUACCUUCCCUGAAAGGUUUGAAAGACCAUGUGAACAAACAUCCUGAGCAGUGGAAGAAAUUCUAUGAUCAUCCUACUCCACAUAAUCAUAAGUUGCCUACUCCAUGGGACUCUCUGUCUGGUCUUGACAACAUGGUUGUGCUAAGGUGCUUCCGCCCUGACAAAAUAGUUCCAGCUGUACAGAACUUCAUUGUGGACAACAUGGGACAGUCUUAUGUGGAACCUCCUACUUUUGACCUGCCUGGGUCAUUUGCUGACUCCAACUGCUGUGCGCCCCUGAUCUUCAUUCUAUCCCCUGGUGCCGACCCCAUGAUGGCUUUGCUCAAGUUCGGUGAGGACAGAGGUUACAAACCCAACAUGAUACAGACAAUAUCUUUGGGUCAAGGCCAGGGACCAAUUGCUGCUAAAAUGAUUGACAGAGCUAUAAGUGAUGGAUCCUGGGUGGUCUUACAGAACUGUCAUCUUGCAACCAGCUGGAUGCCAAAACUUGAGAAAAUCUGUGAAGAGGUCAUUGUGCCAGAAACAACAAAUGAGGAUUUCCGUCUCUGGUUAACAAGCUAUCCCUCCGACAGCUUCCCAGUGUCCAUUCUACAGAAUGGUGUUAAAAUGACUAAUGAACCACCUAAAGGUCUUAGAGCUAAUUUACUAAGGUCUUAUUUGAAUGAUCCAAUAUCAGAUGUGAACUUCUGGGAAGGCUGUAACAAGCCUAAAAUCUGGCAUAAAAUGAUGUUUGGGCUUUGUUUCUUCCAUGGUCUUGUCCAAGAAAGGCGCAAGUUUGGUCCAUUAGGUUGGAAUAUUCCAUAUGAAUUUAAUGAAUCUGAUCUCAGGAUCAGUAUGAGACAGAUGCAGAUGUUUCUGAAUGACUAUGAAGAUCUCCCAUUGCCAGCUUUGACAUAUCUCACAGGAGAGUGUAAUUACGGAGGUCGUGUUACAGAUGAUAAAGACAGACGUCUUUUAAAUUCUUUACUGUCUGUUUUCUACUGUGAAAAAAUUGUUUAUGACGAUAAGUACAAACUAUCAUCAAGUGGAAUCUACUUUGCUCCUCCUGAAGGACCAUAUCAAAGUUAUAUUGACUACAUCAGAUCACUGCCUUUAAUAGUCUUGCCAGAAGUAUUUGGGCUUCAUGAGAAUGCUGAUAUUACUAAAGAUAACAAAGAAACUAACUUGUUAUUCGACAGUAUUUUAAUGACAUUACCUAGACAAGCUGGCGGUGGUGGCCAGUCUUCUGGUGAUUCUAUGCAAAGUCUGGCAAGUGACAUCCUCAGUAAAUUACCGCAGAAUUUUGACUUAGAGUUUGUCAUGAACAAGUACCCAGUUAUUUAUGAAGAAUCAAUGAAUACAGUACUGAGACAAGAAUUGAUUCGAUUUAAUAAUCUAAUUUCUGUUGUGAGAAAGACAUUAAUCAACAUGCAGAAAGCCAUCAAAGGCUUAGUUGUUAUGUCAUCAGAACUGGAAGAAGUUUUCAACAGCAUGCUUGUUGGAAAAGUCCCUGCAUCUUGGGCUUCAAAGUCCUAUCCCAGUUUGAAACCACUCGGAAGCUAUGUGGCAGAUUUGUUGGCCAGAUUGAAGUUUUUUCAAGACUGGAUUGACAAGGGUGUCCCAUCAUCAUUUUGGUUAUCUGGAUUUUACUUCACUCAGUCUUUCCUAACUGGUGUUUCACAAAACUUUGCUAGAAAAACCACUAUACCUAUUGACUUGGUUGGCUUUGAAUUUUCAAUUCUCAAAACAACUCCAACUGAGAAACCAGCAGAUGGAGCAUAUGUUUAUGGGCUUUUCAUGGAAGGUGCCAAAUGGGACAGAGACAAAAUGGUGAUUGGUGAAUCAGCACAAAAGAUACUGUUUGAUACUAUGCCAUUUAUUUGGUUGCAGCCCAACAGAACAGACCUGUUCAAAAAGCUCCCAUGCUAUUCAUGUCCUGUUUAUAAAACUAGUGCGAGACGUGGUACUCUCUCCACCACAGGUCACUCCACCAACUUUGUCAUGUACAUCCAGCUUCCAUCAGACAAGCCAGAGAGUCAUUGGAUCAACAGAGGUGUUGCAUGUCUAUGUCAGCUGGAUGACUAAAUUGUAGCCCAUUCUCAUGUUUAAUAACAAACCUUGAUUCAGUUAACCAGCCUUACUAAAUCUAAUUCAUUUCAAGAACAACUUUUUGCCCUUUUAUGAUUCAUUGACAUAACUAACUUAGUGCUGCAAUGUUUAGAAAAUGUACAUUUUCUAAAAAAUGGAUUCAAUAGAUUUUAAUGUUAUAUUAGAAUGAGAUUUUACUGUCCAGUAUAUACUUAUUCAUUUAGGAUUUUUUUCCAAAUGCCAUGUUAUCUAUUUAUAUAUUUUGUUCUUUAAGUGAUGACUCAGUAUUAUUGCAUUCUGUUUAUUUUAUUUACUUUCUUCACAUAGAUCCAUUAUUUACUUUCUGCGAGGACAUUUGUAUAAGUUUAUAGCAUGCCUCCGUCCAAGAAAUGUGAUAGUUUAGUGUCAUUCAAUUAUAGAGUGUACAGAAAAUAAUAUAUUUUAAAUAUUAUACAAGCAAAAUAUUUUUUAUUUGAAUAAUUUUGUUCUUUUAAGAUAGAUGUGUACAAGUUGAGUUGUGAAAUGUUUUAUAAUGUGUACAUAUGUUAUGCAUGUGAUGUAUCAUUAAAAGAAAAAUUUACAACUUUUUGUCCAGUAUUUUUUUAAAGAUUAAUUUUAGACCAUCAUUUAACAAUUCCGCCAUGUACUAGUUUUGACAAUGCUCUGUUAUGUUUUACAUGUAUUUUUGAUAAUGAUAAUAUUUAUAAAUAAAAUACAAAAUAUUUUUUUUUAUGAACUGCUUUUUUAUGCUGACAAUAAAAAAAGGGAAACAUUAUGUUAGGCCUUUUUAUAAGUAAAUGUUUUAUUAUAUAUUUGAUCCACCUGUGAUAAAUUCUUUUUUUUUUGUUUACAAUAAUAAAGAGCUGUUCAA